AUGUUGCCACCACAGCCCCCGCUCGCGCGCGUCCGCACGCCCGGGUUUGCCGGCUACGGCCUGGCAUGGUCGCCCUUCUUCGAUCGUCGCUUGGCCGUCGCCUCGUCGGCCAACUAUGGGCUGGUGGGUAACGGGCGGCUCCACAUCCUCUCGCUGGCGCCCAACAGCGCCUCUUCGCCGACACCAGAACUGGUCGUGGAAAGGGUGUUCGACACGCAGGACGGCCUGUACGAUCUGGCGUUCAGCGAGGCGCACGAGAACCAGCUGGUGACCGCCUCGGGCGAUGGCUCGAUCAAGCUGUGGGACUGCGCGCUGCCGGACCACCCGAUCCGCAACUGGGCCGAGCACAACCGCGAGGUGUUCAGCGUCGACUGGAACAACAUCAACAAGGACGUCUUUGCGAGUUCCAGCUGGGACGCCAGUGUGCGCAUCUGGCACCCGGAGCGCCCCACGAGUCUCAUGGCCAUCACCACGGCGCAUACGGGCUGCGUCUAUGCCUGUGCCUUUUCGCCGCACAAUCCGGACCUGCUCGCCACCGCCUGUGGCGACGGCCAUCUGCGGCUCUUUGAUCUCCGGCAGCCGGCGGCGCAGGCGAGCGUCACGGUGCCCGUCGGCGGCGAGGUGCUCUGUCUCGACUGGAACAAGUAUCGCCCCAUGACGCUCGCCACGGGCAGCACCGACCGCGUCAUCAAGACGUGGGAUCUGCGCAGUGCACUUUCCAAGCCGAAUGCGGGCGUCGCGUCGCCGCUCGAGAUGGGCACACCCACGGCAGCGAUGCUCGGGCACGAGUAUGCGAUUCGCAAAGUCGCCUUUUCUCCGCACGCCCCACCGCUGCUCGCGAGUGCGAGCUACGACAUGACCGCGAGGAUAUGGGAUACUGACGCUGCGGCGCUCGGUGGGCCCCACGGCGCCCAACAAUUGUCGCAAGGGGGUAACUCGAUGCGCAAGAUUCACGAGACACAUACAGAGUUCGUUGUGGGCGUAGCUUGGAGUUUGUUCCAGGAGGGUCUGGUGGCGAGUACUGCGUGGGACAGCGAGACACAUCUUUGGGCUGCUCCUUAG